AAUGAAGAGGAUGGCAGAUUUCUUGCUGCUUACGUUAGCCGUCGCACUUCAAGGCGCAACAGCAUCACCAUUAUUCAUUAGUGCCUUGAAAGAAGAUACAUUAUGGACUGCGAAGGAAAUUCUCCACCUUUUGCUGGCAGAGUCGCCCUUUGAUAGCUGCUCAGUCAUUCUCAUCACUGAUGGAGCAACUGAUCCCUUAUUUGUACAGCAGGUGUAUGGACUGGUGAGCCACGGUGGAACACUGUUUGAAGUAGAGGAUGCGAGAGGUGACACAAAUCUCACUCGACUAUUUAUUUAUCAGGCCGUGGCUAAGGCACGUUGGUUGCGGUUACUUGCAUCAUACGUUACGGUGGUAGUGGUGAGCGACAACUUCGCCUUCCUCGCUGCCUUCGCGGAGGCAUCUGACAACAGCCGCCUGAUGGUGUGGGAGACGAGGUUGUUAGUGGUCACCAGGCUGGACAUGACCAGAAUUCAGACCAUGCUGCAAGAUUACUGGAUCUUCUCUAUGAUGAACACCAUGUUCCUCCAACUUAAAAAUAAGUCAAUGUGGCAAAUUUUCGUUCAUUUACCAUACUCUUCAUCCGGAGCUCAGGUCGUGCAAGUGGCAACGUGGAAGCCAGGCCACAGAAUGGUUUAUUUUAAAAACAGAGUCUUUUUUCCCGAUAAAUACACAAACUUCCACAGCAUGCAAGUUAACCUGACGUGGCUUCCACUCACACCCUAUUUCACGGAGGUAAAACAACAAGGGCCAGACGGGAAGCAAAUAUCAACUUACCGAGGAAGAGAAUAUUUGAUAAUUACGGCUAUGGGGGAUGCUCUUAACUUUUCUCCCAACCCGCUCCCCUUCGAAGGAUGGGAAGUCGUUCUGCGCCGUUUAAGGGAUCGAGAAGCCUUCAUAUGGCCCGUCAAUUUGCCCAUUUUGCCAGAUAUGGUUGAAGAAUAUGACUUUAGUUUCUUUCUCGAGCGGUCCACCUUGGCUUUCACAAUGGCCAAACCAACUCUUAAGCCCAGCUGGCUAAGUCUCUACUAUCCGCUACAAACCGAAGUUUGGAUUUUUGUUGCAGCCUCUGUUCUCAUAUUGUUCAUCAUCCUUCUCAUGAUUAAACACAACGUCGAGGGAAAGAGGUAUGAGACGUGGCUAGCGGUGAAACUUGUGAUUGGGACACUGCUCGAUGAAGCCAUCCCUGGGGAAUUGCCCAGGAAAACGCCAAUGCGUAUGUUGUUAACAGCGUGGCUGAUAUUCACCUUCAUCGUGGGAACAGUUUAUCGCAGUAACUUGACUGCCUGCCUUACAAUACCUACUUACCCUCCCCGUCCAGAGACCCUCGUUGAUCUUCUCAACACUGGAGCAAGAGUUACGAUCGUGGACACAAUGGAUAUAUUUGUUACCAGCUUUAAGCAGUCUGAAUCCACUACCCUACGAACACUGACAGAGAGAAUGGUGUACGUUCCAUCUUUUAAAGAGGGAAUGACAGAAUCACUAACUGAAAAGCAAGUAACGUUUUCUUUUUACAACUGA